AUGAAGACAGGAGACCCUCUCAUGGCCAGAGGGAAACCGUCUUACAACUCGGCUCUCUGUGGAAUACUAUUAUCCUGCCGAGCGAGGACCGGCGAGGCUUGCCACCUCUGGGCCUCAACUUUCGGCAAUAUUGCUGAUCAGGCCAAAGAAAGGAUCAACGGCCUCUCGUUCGAUCUGUGGUCCGUACUAGACAAAAUCACGUCUCAAACUCCCCACGACAGCGAGCUCCAGGGUGUCCUCGCCGAUGUCGUUAAGAUAAUAGAGCAAGAAGAUGUCACGGUCUGGCUGGACGGAGACGGCAAAACCCCGUUCCUAUGGUCCUGGGAUCAACUACCGGGUCUAGGGGUUUACAUUAGAGACUUCUUCAACACACGUAAGUUGAUCAUAAAGCUCCCGGUAUAUGUAUAUCUUUUAACGCAAGAUGCAGCGGAAAAUGGCUGGUCCAGCCGCCAGAUGGCGCAAAGGAGAAACUAUGAUAGUUUUCUGGCCAGCCUUAUGGCCGUAUGGGAGUUUCGGGAGGCCUUGGAGGGUAGAACGGGAUCCUCGAACGAAGGUAGCAAGGUCUUGCAAGUACCCACCAUGCAGACCAGUCUCUGUAUGAGGGUUUUCGACCAUCUUCGUGAUUUGGCGGCGCAAGAAGAAACCCCUGAGCACAUGACCCGCUUCCACAAGCCUGGUUUGUUGUGCGAAAGCCAGAAGAUCUCCGGCUUCGGCCUGAGCAGGUGGCAGUUCUGGAAGCAGAGGCUUCGUCAAAUCCGCGACGAGCAGUUGGACGAGCUUGGUCUCAUAAAAAGGUGGUACCUAUCAUCAAUGAAACGCUUGGUGCAAUGGACGCCAUCGAGCGAGAGGCGGGGUCGAUUGAGGGCGACAAUUGGUCGAAACUGCAGCAGCCCAGGGAGAAUGAGAUCAAGGAGGAAUUAA